GAGAGAGGUGUGUUUUCUAACCCACGCAUUGGAGUGGGAGACAACGUGCACACUCUCACGUGCACGCUCACACACACAUCACAGAGAGCGUGUGUCAUGCUAGCAGUGUGUGGGCUGAACCGACCAGCCUUCCACUCAUCCUGCCUCUCCCUCUCUCUCUCUCUCUCUCUCUCUCUCUCCCUCUCUUCUUCCUCUCUCUUUUCGUCUCCAGAUACACCUCCUCCUCCUCCUCCUCUUCUUCUUCUUCUUCUUCUUCUUCUUUUUUUUCCAUCCUCCAUCAUCUUUUCUCCCCCUCCUCUCCUCCUCCUCCUUCUUCUUCUCCUCCUUCCUCCUCUCCUCUCCCCAUCAGUCCUUCCUUUUUCUUUUUCAGUUUACCGUCAUGGAGAACGAGUCGGCGAUCUUUCUGGGAUGGGCAGGGCAGCACCCAGAAUACAAUCUGAAACUCUGAGACCUCUCACUCUGCUGCUGGAUUACUACACAAAAACUACAGUUACACUACAAGAAACUACAAAACCUGUUUACUGUAAGACUUCUUCAUGUACUGCGGAUUCUUCUCAUCCCACCAGAGGAACCACAACACAGUCGGAAAAUACUUCAUCUACUGCAGAAAGAACUCAUUCUCACUUCUGUGUCUGCCCACGGGAUUACAACAACCCAUCGCUGAAAUCCUGCGAGCUGAGGUCAAACCAACCGGACCCUCGAGAACCUGCCGCCUGAGGCUGCACCAGAACCAAAGACAGAAACGGGCCAAACAAGUAUCGGACUAGCAACGCACUCAGGCUCUGUGGAGUGGAUCAGCCCAGGCCAGGCCAGACCAGAAGAGACCAGCAGGAAUCAGUAAAGGCCAUUGGAAAAGUUUGAUGGGACUGCUGACAACUGCCACAUGCCUCUGAGUCCGGCUGCUGACACCAAACAUGAUCGCCCGCGCCAACAGGCGGUUACAAACGGCAACCCCAUUGGCUCUGCUGUCACCAGGGACGACGACGGAGAUGACACGCCCUCCGGAAACAGCAUCGUCGUCCGCAUUGGCAUUCCAGACCUGCAGCAGACGAAGUGUUUGCGGUUGGACCCAGAGUUACCAGUUUGGACCAGUAAGCAGAGGGUUCUGGUGACGUUGACUCAGUCUCUGUCGGAUGUUUUGAACUAUGGUCUCUUCCAGCCGGCGUUCAACGGCCGAGCCGGAAAGUUUCUGGACGAGGAGCGGCUGCUGAAGGAGUAUCCUCUUCCUCCCAUCACGCCCAUCCCAUACCUGGAGUUUCGUUACAAGCGGAGAGUUUACACGCAGAGCUACGUGGACGAUAAACAGCUGGCCAAGCUACACACCAAGGCCAACCUGAAGCGCUUCAUGGAGCAUGUUCAUCAGAAGAACGUGGAGAAGGUUUCAAAAUGGUUGGAGAAAGGCCUGGACCCCAACUUCCAUGACUCUGACACUGGGGAGUGUCCUCUGACUCUCGCCGUCCAGCUGGAGGAGAGCUGUGAUUUGAUUAAAGUCCUCCGCAGUGGAGGAGCUCACCUGGACUUCAGGACCAGAGAUGGCAUCACGGCUCUGCACCGGGCCGUCCUCUGCAGGAACAGCACCUCCCUCACUACGAUGCUGGACCUCGGAGCGUCUCCGGACUACAAAGACAGCAGAGGACUCACGCCGCUCUAUCACUCUGCCAUGGUGGGCGGCGCCCCCUACUGCUGCGAGCUGCUGCUGCAGGACCACGCAACCAUAGGGAUGACAGAUGAGAACGGCUGGCAGGAAAUCCACCAGGCAUGUCGUUUUGGUAACGUGCAGCACUUGGAGCACCUGCUGUUCUACGGGGCGGACAUGAGUUCCCAGAAUGCAUCUGGGAACACGGCCCUGCAUCUCUGUGCUCUGUACAACCAGGACAGCUGUGCCAGAGUGCUGCUGUUCAGAGGAGCAAAUAAAGACAUCAAAAACUACAACAACCAGACUGCCUUUCAGGUGGCGAUCAUCUCUGGGAACUUUGAUCUGGCAGAAAUCAUUAAGAUCCACAAAACGUCUGACGUUGUAGUUCCCUUUAGAGAAACUCCAUCCUACACAAAGCGCCGCCGAACCGGCGUAACCAGGACGACGGCUGGAAACGGUCUGUCUUCUCCACGCUCUCUGAUUCGCUCAGCCAGCGAUAAUGCUCUGGAAAGCCCCGCCUCCUCUCCUGGCCCCUCCCUCCAAAGCCUGGAGACGCAUCACGACACACACACACACUCGCUAAGACGACACACACGUCGCCUCAGCCCGAGCGCUGGAGGCCAUGUGGAGACCAGUCCCCCCUCCUCGCCUCCCCUCACCCCCCAGAUGAGGAAGAGGAGGCUGUACAGCGCCGUACCUGGACGCACCUUCAUCGCUACCCGGUCCCACGUCCCCCAGGGGGUUGGCGAGAUCCAGCUGCACCGCGGAGAGAGGGUCAAAGUCCUGUCGAUCGGGGAAGGAGGAUACUGGGAGGGAACCGUUAAAGGAAGAACGGGAUGGUUUCCUGCAGACUGUGUUGAAGAAGUCCAGAUGAGACAAUACGACCCCCGACUCGAAACGAGGGAGGACCGCACCAAGAGACUGUUCAGACAUUAUACUGUAGGAUCAUACGACAACUACACCUCCUACAGUGACUAUGUGAUCGAGGAGAAGACGGCCGUGCUGCAGAAGAGAGAGAGCGAGGGAUUCGGCUUCGUCCUCAGAGGAGCUAAAGCUGAGACCCCCAUUGAGGAGUUUGCCCCCACACCUGCGUUCCCCGCCCUGCAGUACCUGGAGUCAGUGGACCAGGGGGGCGUGGCCUGGAGGGCGGGGCUCCGGACUGGAGACUUCCUCAUAGAGGUGAACGGUGCUGAUGUGGUGAAGGUGGGUCACCGGCAGGUCGUCUCUCUGAUCCGUCAGGGAGGAAGUCGUCUGCUGAUGAAAGUCGUCUCCGUGUCCAGAAAAUCAGAAACCAACAUGGUCAGAAAGAAAGCCCCGCCCCCUCCAAAACGAGCCCCCAGCACCUCGCUGACACUCCGAUCCAAGUCCAUGACCGCUGACCUGGAGGAGAUAGCCAGGAGGAGACGCAUCGAGAAACUGGACGAGAUGUUGGCCGUGGGUCAGCAGGAGGUCGUUCUGAGGGCGCGCCCGCCGGACGACUUCAGAGCAGCGACGGUAAAACAGAGGCCGACGAGCCGCAGGAUCACACAGGCUGAGAUCAACUCUUUGUUUGAGCGUCAAGGUCUGGUCCCCCCCUCGGCUCCAGAAAAAAGCACCAUGGCUUUACCAAGAGGAAUGUCCAGAACCAAAAGCUUUGGCACACCUGACGACGACAGGAUCACAGCUCUGAUCAACGAGAGUCGGUUUCCAAGGAGCUCCUCGCUGACGGACAGCUUCAUUCCUCCUCCCCCUCAGACAGCUCCGCCCCCUCCUCCCUCUGCCUCCUCCACCUCCACAAUCUUCCUCCUUGACUCUGGCCCUCCCCCUUCCUUCCUUCCCCCUCCUCCUCCUGCUAGAGGGGAGGGCCUAACUCGCUCCAGCUUUAAGCCGGGGACGGAGCCAAGGCUCCAGGAGCUCUCUGAUGCACCGGCGAGGAGCCACGCCCACGCGGAGCGGCAGAGGAAGGCGAGGUCAAUGAUCAUCCUGCAGGAUAUGCCGCCUCAGCUGCAGUCUGAAGCACACAGCUCCACGCACACGCUGCACACUGCCACGCAUACCGCCACGCACACGCUUCACACUGCCACACACACCUCGACCCUGUCCCUCCACAGCACCAGCCCAGCCCUCGGUCACUCUCCACUGUCACGCCGCCGGGGAAGACCAAUAGAAAACCCUUACGCUAAUGUGGGACAGCAGGCUCCACCCUCCAAGCCACAGAGGAGGAAGUCACCUUUGUUGAAGCAGCUUCCAGUCGAGGAGCAGGGACUCGGAAUGAAAGAUCACGAUCCAACAAAGUUAGACAUACCCGGCAGCCCCAGUAGGGCCGAGUUGUACCAGCAGCAGGUUCUGUCAGAGCGUGCUCGGGUUCAGGGCCGCAGGUCAUCUCUCUUCCUGUCUGUGGAGGGUUCUGGUUCCGAAAACCAGGUGCCACCUCUUUUGACUCAGAGCCACUCAAUGGACGACCUCGGAGAGCUUCCCCCACCGGCCCCGGUCCUGUCGCCCUCACCGACACCUCACACCUUCCUCCAUCCGCUGACAGGGAAACCUCUAGACCCUUCAUCUCCGCUCGCCCUGGCUCUUGCUGCAAGAGAACGAGCACUCACUGCUCGUACACCGAGCCCAGAGCCUCGGCUAAAACAUGUUUCUGCCUCCACUACACCUAUCCCCACCCCGGCUGCAAGCCCAGAGGGUAGACACAAGCGCACCCCUAUUCCCACCCCACAGAGCAGCCCUGAGCCAAGAUCCAAACGCACCACCCCUCAGACAAGCCCUGAGCAGCGUUCCAAGCGAGCCACUCCCGUGACAAGUCCUGAGAUGAGGCAUAAACGCAUAACCCCGCCCUUAUUCCCUGACGGACAGGUGGAGCGUCCAGAAACAGAGGGAGGAGUGACAUCACCUGCUGCCCCCUCCCCUGAGCGCUGGAGACCAACCCCCUUGCCAACCCUGGCAAAUGAGACUCACCCUUCUCUGAUUGACAGGAGGCGAAGUCUCACAGUGGGCAGCUCAGAGGAAGAAGGCGGGGCUUACACAGUGACACUCCCCCCAGCGUUGUUGUCGUCCAGUGAUGAAGAGACGAGGGAGGAGCUCCGUAGAAUCGGCCUAGUAGCGCCACCCCCUGCGUUUGCCAGCAUUCCUGCCCCUCCACCCCCCUGCUCACUCACCUUGUUUCAGCGGCGGGGUGGAGAAGGAGGAGGGGAGGGUCCUGACUCCCUGAGUAGACGAGUAGAAGAAGAGGAAGGCAGUGAAGAACGGCUCCUUGAAAGCACCUCCCCCAGCUCGCUUCCCCCCUCUAUUACCUUGGCAUCCCCUCCAGCUCCAUCCUCUCCCACCAGCCCUCCUGCGGCACAACCUUCCCCUUCUUCUCCUGCCACCUCCCCAAUUGCUCUCAAGCCCCGCCUUCGUUCACCUAUAGGUCGAGGGCGCUCUGCACUAAGGGAUCCGCUGCUUAAGCAAUCAUCGGACAGUGAGCUCCUCCCAUUGGCCGCAUCCUUUUCAUCUCCCUCCUCCCCCCUCUGUUCCUCCCCAACCAGCAGACAGCCGCGCUAUCUGUUCCAGAGGAGGUCCAAGUUGUGGGGCGGUGGGGAUGAUCGUGGGGAUGAGCGGCGAGGCCUCAGCCCAGAGGAAGGGGGAGGUCGUCCAGCUGCACUUGGUGGUCAGGGGUCGGGGUCAGCUGUGGAUCUUUCUAACAGGUCGGCAUCAGCUCUGGAGCUGAGCGGCAGGGCGGGGUCAGGAUUGGAUCUUGCUAAUCGACUGCAGUUGCUCAACAAAGACAGUCACUCUCUUGGGGAGGAACCGAGUCCCCUCGAUCCAGGUCGGAGGUCACCAGUAGGAGGUGCCAGAUGUGUGGACAGUGGAGAGAGUAAAUCGUUGUUCUCCAGUCUUGGUGAACUCCACACUAUCUCCCAGCGAGGAUACGGGGCCAGCUACACGGUCCGACCAGGAAGCCGAUACCCUGUCACUCGCCGGAGUCCCUCCCCUUCUCCCUCCCCAUCCGAUAGGCCAUUGGGGCACACUUCCUCCGGUUCUGAAAGGCCUGACCUGAGCUCGGGUAGAGCUUUAACCAUCUUGAAGUCGUCCAGUCUAAGUCUCCCCUCAGAACCGAAGGAAGUUCGUUUUGUGAUGCGAAGUGCCAGUGCAAGAACCAGGUCCCGUUCACCCUCGCCUUCACCCCACGCCUCUCCUUGCCCCUCCCCAGUCCUCAGCGGGCCCCUGUUGGCCCUUCGGCCAUGGAGGCAGCGGCCCCUCAACUUGUGGAAUAAAUAUGAUGUGGGUGAUUGGCUCGAGAGUGUUGGCCUAGCUGAACACCGCCAGCGCUUCCAGGAGCACGAGAUCGAAGGCUCCCAUCUUCCCGCCCUCACCAAAGACGACUACGUGGAGCUUGGCGUCACCAGACUGGGACAUCGGAUCAACAUCGAGAGGGCACUCAGACAGCUUAUGGAUGGUUCCACUUGACCCCUCACCUCUGGACAUCCUGAACUGUGACGUCUUAACACUAGGCCAUCUCUUUGACUAGGAUAUCUUAGCAGUGACUCAAUCUUUAGACCUUUUUACCAACACGGAGCCAAGCUCUCUGAGUGACAUUUUGUCUUAUCAGCUCUUUGAUCAAACAAAACCAACUUGUAGCACCAAGGUCUGAGUCCAGUUUUAAGUUCUGGAUUUGAUUUAGACCUCCGAAAUAUAGUUUAGCCUCUGUUUAAGUCAACUCUAAUAGGCAAUUUAGCGUUAUCUUGGUUGCUGAUUACAGAACACUGGCUGGCUCAUAGCAAUGUCAUUUUGGCUGAUUUUUACUUUGUCUUGGAUCGCCAAUGAUCCAACAGUGUUUUCUUUGUGGUUAAAAGCCUUUUAGUAUGAAGGACUUUAAUUUAAAACAAACGAAUGUCCAUCAAAGACUGCACUGCACUUGUUGCCCACCAUGUUUUGCACCAACAUUUUAUAGAGCCCCCAAAAUACAAAACCUAGGGUUAAUUUACUGUAGGGAUCAAAGGGAUCAAUGGUAGAAAAGUCAAAUCUGUGCAUCUCUGAAUUCACGUUAGCUUGGUUCGUACAAGUCGGAGGAACUCCAGAUGGCUUCGUUAUCCCCAAAUUUGCACACUAAUGGCAAAAUGGUUUAAAAGUGAUUGAUGCUGGCAAUUGCAUCAUGAUUAAAAUCCACUAUUGACUGUGAUUUUACGAUCACUGCUCUAAUACUCAGUGACUUCAACUAUCGAGUCCCAUUUGAAAAGUGAAGAAAGUUUCUGGCAACGGAGUAAUGGACUAUUUGAGCCUUACUCUCUGACUCUCUAAUGGAUAACACAUUAAAAUGUUAACAGCUGCUAAGGUUAGCAAGCUAGCAAUAUACCAUUCUCUGUGUAGGCUGGCCUGGAUCAUUGGAACAUGUAAUGAUUGUCAGAGUCUUAUUUUAAUGUUACAGAUAAUGUGAAAGCAAGUUUAUAACGAGCUAGCUUAGAACACCAACACAGUGCUCUACUUAACGUUCCCGUGCAGCAUGCUAUGCUAACUUCAGCUGGACUGCACUUCUAAUCUAAAGAGGUGACAGGAUAUUGAUCAAAGAGCUGAUCUGACAAACAAAUAUAAUCACACGGGUUCUUCUCAUCGUGCCAUUCUGCUUCCCCAGACAAGUUUACCGGGUCUUUAACUAGCGAAGCUGAAUGAUUAGCGAGCUAAUUAACAACAGGACAUAAGCUGAGGGUGUUUCUCCGUCCUCGUAAAGAAAAAAUGUUCUUGUGACUAAGCAUUUUUUUUCUCCAAAUAUGGCUCAUGAAGAUUUUGUGUUUAUUUCUUAAUACGGAUCAUUUAGAAUUUAUGAAUAACAAGUAAUAAUAAUGUGGUGGUGAUGACUUACAGAGUUUCUAAUAGUUUGGAUAAUGAUUUUGAGUUCCUUAUGAUUUGACAAUGAGUUGAAUUUCAAAGGUUGUUUCAGUGAUGUUUUGGAAUUCAUAAUGAUUUGUCAAUGAGUGUGACUUUGUGCUGAUGUGCUGUGUGUUUCAGGGAGAGCUGCAGAAGAGCUCCAACUGUAAACCUCUCUGGUUUCUAACCUGCUUAUCGAGGGCUUACUGUACAUGGUGCUAUCUGUUUAAAGCCAUCUGUACAGAGAAUACCUUCCUCCUUCCCCUCCUAUUCCUUCAUCACACUAACUCCUGACUCUCUUAGGUUAACCUCCAAAACGUUUAAAUCUACAGUGUUUUUUUUCUAAAUUAUUGACUCCAGUUUGGCUCGACCGUUAAUAUCUUGCAUUAAUUGUAACUCAACAGGAACAGGCCAUAUAUGGAGUUUCCUCCUUGCCAUAUUGGGGAUUUCUUCCCUGCCAUACGUGGAGUUUCCUCCAGACCCAAACCAGAUUAUGCCAGAGGCCAUAUAUCAAGUUUUUAAAAAUGGCAGUACAUGGCGUGUCCAAUGAACUGUUUCAAAUGUUCAUUAGUUUAACAAAUGUGUUAAACAGGGAAAAAGCUUGUCACACAAGCUUUUUUGUCAAAAAUGUAUCCAUACUUACAAAGCCUCGUUGCAAGCCAACACGUACGUAUAUAUUGUAACUAUACUCGAUUUUGGCAAAGUAGAAUCAUGGAACACCAAUAACAGACCAGUUAGCAAUAACACACCAAUCCUAAUGAAUCAAAAUAAAUAAAAAACAGACCUUGAAAAAAACAUUUAAUCGGAGGCUGUAUGCUAGCUGAAUUGCUAGCCUGCUAGCCAUGCUAGUCGACGCACUUUAGGCUAAUGGUGCGCUCCAUUAACCUCGGAAGUCGGAGUUGAGAAUGAGGUCACACCCGAGUUGACCACGUUCCAGUUACGAGUUGGUAAGAAGUCAGAAAAGCAACAUGGACGCCUCCAGGUGUACCUUUGUUGUGCUUAUACCAGCGAAAAUAACAAACUACGUGAUAGGUUAGGCGCACUUUACUUGAGCAGCCAUGUUGGAUUUUAAGCUCGGGUUGCUGAGUUUGGACUUCAGGGCGAGAUCCUGACGACAUAUCCGACUGGCAUCUUGAAAUUUCCGACUUCUGAGAUUAAAUGAAACGCUAAUUAAACCCUGCCAAGCUACACUACCUUCAAGCUAACUUUUACAUUAAUAUAGGCAGUAACUCACCAGAUCUGGUCUGACUACACCGAUAACACAAGUGGUGGAUACAACUCUCUUUUUGUUUUUUUUAUCUGAGACAGAUGAGAAGAUGUACAGACACAGAUCCAGGGUGUGUUUAGCCUAGCUUAGCUUAGCACAAAGACUCCUAGCCUAGCCUUAUUCUCAAAAGUGAAAGAAUACACCUUCCAACAGCAGUGCAGUAACACUAACCUGUAAUAUCAUGUUAGCUAAGAAGCUAUUUUAAGAGAGGAGUCAGGUGAGGGUAAUGCUAACUGCUGCUAACGCUAACUGCUGCUAGAAUCAUAAAGUGUUGAUUUUAUUUUGUUGGAUUUCAAUAGUUACAAAAGGGAGAACCAACGUGAACAUGAGGACUCCCUGAAUUCACUCAAAGGUGUAUUUCUUUCACUUUUUAAAUUUCAAACAUGUUUGAAGAAUUUUUAAAAACUUUCAACACUUUUUUAAAACCUGACAGUAAUUUUUACUUGACACGACUACAUUACCUUUCUGACAUGUUCGUCCUUCCUUCUGAUUCCCUUUGAAGCACAAUCAACGAUACAGUGCCUGUUUCCACAUCAACAAAUCCCCUGCAUCCAGAGUUUUUUACGCCACGUUCCUGAAAACAAGCCGAGCCACAAUCCUGAAUCCCAAAGUUGUACAAGUUUACGAUGCCCUUUCAUGCUUAAAAGUUCAAGAAUGUAAAGUCUAUGUACAGCACAUUACAGUAGACUUUAUAGUCUGUAUAAUAUAUAUUAUGGUAGAUUCAUGUAGCUAUAGUGUAUUAUAUAAAGUAUGGUAAACAAUAAAAUGUAUACAGUAAUAUUUUGCUAGACUGUAGUCUAUAAAUCUUUAUCUAUAUAGGUGAUAUUCAGCCUUUGUAAACAGCUACACAUCUUGUCUGGCCACACACACAGACAUAAGAUAAAACAGUUCCAAGGAAAUGCAAUUUAACUGUAAAUCUGUCUCGAUGGUGAGAGGAGAUGGUUCACAUCGAUCAGAUGGUGCUGAUUCUCGUGUAAGGAUGAGGACACAACGAGAUGACACAUUUAGAGACUUAUGUGACUUUCAGACCAAAACAAUCACUCCCUCUGGACACACCUCCUUCAUUCCUCAGCCCCCCCCCCCUCCUGUUUCACCACCGAGUGUCUGUGAGACGGAGAGCAGCAGACAAAUGAUCAACAUCUGAAUACUUUCUGCGAUCAAUUUCAAGUAACGAUAUAAAACUUAAAGACGCAUCUGUUUGUCUUUUUAGAACAAAGAUGGUUUGGAAAAAACGUGUAUGAAGCAUGCCGAGCCUCUGAGCAAAACAAAAACAAGCUAACGGAAACGCCGUCCUGUCGGUGUGAACACAGAGCUCAGAACAACAAACGCAGAGGGAGUUUGACUUCACUCUCUUCUAAACACAAACUCUGUUUGAAUGUCUCACCUUCAAAUACCCGACUAAAAGCUUCAUGAAAAUGUGUUAAUGUCAGAUUGUUGGUCUGUAAAAGUUACGAUUGUUUUUAAAGUUCAACAGAAAGUUUUUCACGCUUUGCUAAAAACGUGAUUCUCUUAAAGCAGCUUGAACCUUUUAGGGCUGACGAGGGACUACGACCACGAGCACAUUUCUACCAUUUGAACACAGAAAGAGGAAGUGGUGUGUGAGGAGGAAGUGCCUGUGUAGCUGUUUACACUGAGUGAAUAUGACAUCAUCAUCUGUAUGUAGUAUAUAUUAUAAAGGACUAUAGUCUACUGUACAGAGUCGUCCACAGAGAGACACCCGGGACGUCCGUCUCUCUGAAAUGUCAAAAUGAAAGCGACGAGAUGAAGAGGUCAAUCCACCUCUCAGCCUCCGACCUCAGGUCCCCCGCGGGGAAUCCCUUUCAUACAGACACAAGGUCAUUCAUUUGUUGGAUUUCUCAGCCAAUCAGAAAAAAAACAGCGACCUACUGCUAAAAUCGCCUGGAGGAUACCUUCCCCGUUUAAAAAAAACCCUGCCUACGUGUGAACCAGGACAAACAAGAGGUCGCGAUUAGCCUCGAAUCCGGCCAAAAAGUAUCUAAAGUUUUGGAAACCUUAAUAUGUGUGGUUGCUGAUUUGUGUUGAAUAUAACUUAUAUGUAUUAUUUUACGAUAUUUUAUUGUAUUUUUUCACUACUUUUCCUGGAGGAAAUCCCUCGAGUGCUUCUUCGACUGUUCGCUAAUCUGAAACACAAGUCAGCGGUGUUAGCUGUGUGCUAACAGAGGCUAACAUGGCAACAAGAGAGAUGAUGGACUAAAGAGCCAAAAUGGCUGCCACUGCAUACCCGAUUAAAUUGUCGUGACUAACAUGCCUUCACCAUGGUAACGCCUCAGCUUCCUGCUGAUUGGCUGAGAAUCCUGUCUUUCUAACCUGCGUGUGUAAGCUUCCUCCUCCUGAUAUUCACCUGGUUAUAAUGGUUUUAUGGUUCCCCUCUUCCUCUUCCUCCUCCUCCUCUUCCUCUUCCUCCUCCUCUUCCUCCUCCUCCUCUUCCUCCUCUUCCUCCUCUCCCUCUUCCUCCUCUCCCUCUUCCUCUUCCUCCUGCUUCUCCUCCUCUUCCUCCUCCUCCUCCUCUUCCUCCCCCUCCUCCUCUUCCUCACUAGCUUCCUCUUUUUACAGGAUGUUUGUAGUUUCUUCUGGAGUGAGUGGUGUGUGUGUACUUGUAGUUUUUUUUUCUUCCCUUUUCUAAAGACUGAAGAGCACACAAUGACAACCGAUGAGCUCUGCGACGCAACAAACAGAUUGUAAUCUUUAUAAUAAACCGUCAUUUAUUACAAAGAA